AUGCUGAUUCGUCCGCGUCCGUCAUCCCGCAGCCGCACCCCCUCCCCUCCACCCCGUGUUUGCUCCCCUUCCCCCAACCCCAUCCCGCCGCGUUCCCACUUCCCCGUCUCCCUUUCCCUUCCCCAAUCGCGCGACGCCAUGGCGCAUCUACGAGGCGUGGCGGAGGCGUCGGCGCGGAUAUUCGGCAACGUGAUCGGCAACGGGCUGCGGUCGGGGCACAAGGUGCUGCGCCAGAAGCUCAUCGGCGACAAGGUCGUCGCUUGGUACCCCGAGCCCGUGCAGAAAAUGGAUCCGCUUUACGUCGAUCCCUCCGAACCCAAGCGAGUGCUCAAGAUAGAGCGCAUGAAGCGACGAGGCAAGGGCGUGCCCAAGAAGGGCGAGGGCAAGAGAGCAGGCAAGCGCAAGUGA